UCGUGAUGAAAGUUUGUGUUACUUUUAAGACAGGAACAUUCAACAUUUUCAAAGAAGCCUGUGGAUCACAAAAUGGAGUUCCACGCAUUGGUUUUGUAUACACCGAUUAUUGUGUUAUGUUUUGUUAGUCAAGGUCUUUCAAACAUGAUUAUCCUAACGGGUUAUAGCUACAUGAAAGUUAUCAACCUGGAUACUGGAGAUGCAUCAUAUUUACUGACUGAUCUACAAAGUGACAUUUAUUCUAUAGAUUAUGAUUAUAAAAAUAUGUAUAUUUAUUUUCCAAGAUUUGAUAAAAACGACAUAUUAAGAUUUAAGUAUCCCUCAGAAAAGGUGUACAAUUUGGAAACUGUUACAGUUGCAGAUAAACCAACAGGAUUGGCAAUUGAUCCAGCUAAUGACCAUUUAUAUUGGACAGAACAAUCCAAAGGAAAUCUGUACAGAAGCAAUUUAGACGGUUCUAAGAAAACAUUUAUACUACAAGAUGACAUUAUAUUUGCUCUUACAAUAGAUUUCAAGGAAAGAUGGCUGUACUACAGUACCUUAGGAACCAAUAAAACAAUAAGUCGAUCAAGACUCGAUGGUUCUGAAAAACAUACAUUUAUAGAUGUAAAGUUUGAAAAAGUCACUGGCAUUAGCAUAGAUUAUAAUAGUGGUCAACUUUACUGGAUGGAAAAUGUGGAAGGCGUUUUAAAAUCCACGGAUUCGAAUGGUACUUAUUUGAUGAAGGUUUCCAGCACACUUACACCUGGAGCAAGCAUGGGCAUUUCUGCAUAUGAUGGUGACAUAUACUGUUCAAAUGAUAUGCAGCUGCUUCAAGUAAAAAUUUUCGGAGGAUUGCGAAGACCUUUUGUUAUAUACUCAGAAACAGAUACGAUACAUGGUGUACUUUACAUAAACGAAAAAGGCCAAUAUCCUGUUGUAAAUACCAAAUCAGACAAUUAUGUUGUGGAUUAUGGACGUUCUGUGACUACUGACUGCUCAUUUCAAACAUCUGAAUGGAAUCCCGUUCGUGAAAUAUAUUGGCAGUUCAACAAUAGUGGAGUGAUAACACAUAUUGCAAAAGAAACGAAAGGAAUAUCAGGAAGUUCAAUAGAAACACCAUCUCUCACAAUUUUCAAUGCAACAUCAUCUGAAUCGGGAACAUAUAUCUGUUACGUGAAAAAUGAUAUUGGAACAGGACAAAGUAAACCAAUAUAUGUUACAAUAACUGGAGAUGUGCCGAUGGUUUUCGUUGGAGGUAAAAAUUAUACCAUAGGGUACGGCAAUGAAAUUACAUUAAGCUGUAACAUAUCAUCUAACCCUCCUGUUAAUAAUGUGUAUUGGGAGAAAGUAGCACAUGGUAGUAAACACAUACUGAAUAAUUGGACAAUCGGUAUUCAAGGCGUUUCUGUAGAUACACCAUCGCUGACUAUAAUGGAAAGUACUACCGCAGAUAUAGGAACAUACCGAUGUGUAGCGAUAAAUGAUAUCGGAACAGGAUUUAGCGAAUUCAUAAAGUUGGAUGUAAUUGGAGAGCUGCCAACUGUCACGAUCGCAGAUGAUUUACCAGAAAUAAAGUAUGGAGAAAAGGUGCGGAUAUUUUGUGCGAUUACCGGCAAUCCACCUCCAACCAAAGUUUACUGGGAAAAAAUAUAUAAUGGUAUAUCCAAGGUGAUAAGUAAUGGGACAUUAGGUACAGAAGGAAUUACGGUUGACAAUCCAUCGAUGACUUUGCUACAUGCAACAGAUUCGGAUUCAGGACUUUAUAAAUGUUUUGCUGUUAAUGUAUUUGGAAUGGGGUACAGUUCAUCAACUAAACUUACUGUCAUUGGAGGUCUCCCAGAGGUGGUUGUACUAUCUAUAACGCACCUUACUGGCACUGGCUAUACAAUAACUCUACCAUGUGUCAUUUCUAAUGUAUUCCCUGUAGUAACAAAAGUGUACUGGCAAAGACAUAUCAAUGGACAUACAACAAUGAUUUCAUCGGAUUCCCUUGGAUAUUUAGGAGUCACCGUUAAAAAUCCAUCGUUAGUAAUUAAGGAAGCAAUGGAAACGAUGUCUGGAGAAUACACAUGUUUUGCUAUAAAUUCGGUUGGCACUGGAAGUAGCCUUCCGGUACAAUUAUCAGUCCAGGCUGGAGUAACACAACAAGCGCAAAAUAAAGAAAAUGUGGGAAAACAGGAUCAUAAAGUAUCAGAUAAAUGCGAAACUAAUUGUCUUGUCUCCGAGUAA